GUUUACUGAUAUCCAAGAUGGAGGGCACUGUCUGAACAAGUUUUGAUAUAAGCGUACCUGUGUCUGUUUUAACCAGUCCAUAUAGCCAGGUUCACCAGUAUGGCAAUGGCCCUGGACUGUCGGGCUCAGCGACUCGACUAAGAGGGUACAACCUAGCCUCAGGGGUUAGUGGACUAUACACGAUCUCCGAGAAGGAAGAGGAACAUCUACCGGGGAAUGUGUAUAAAAAGAAGUACAAGUUGACAAUGAGUGGUGAACGUCAACAGAAACAUUUACCAGGUGAAACUACUCAAGGUGCAUCAUCAUCACCACGGAUCAGCUCCCUCCAGAAUCCAGAACAUGGCCCACCAUAUGGAUCAGCACCAGAUAUCACAUCCUCGGGUCUAUACAAGAAUUUUCCCCCAAAAGGGAGGGCCCUACGUGCCCCUACAAAACAUGGGUCCCGUCUGCCCCGCCCCAAACCUGGCAGGGUGCAGGAGAUGGGGAGGUAUGAAGGGACACAGAAGAAAAGGAACCUCCCCAAUAUGAGGAGUGCCACACCCGACGGGAGGGGGAUGAUGAUGGAGAAGGAAAUGAUGGAAAGUCAUAACAGGAAGCUACAGAUGGAAAUCUCCACUUUACAUACAGAAAAUAAGCUUCUGAAGGACAAAUACAACAGGGCUUCAGCAAAAAUCAAUCACUUAGAGGAACAGUUGGCAGAGUCAAGGGAACAGUUAGAAUCUCUCCAUGGCAACCUGAAUCAAGAACUUUCUGAGGUCGAAAGGAGAAAUAAGUCCCAAGCCAUAGAGGAAAUGGAUGUUUUCCAGACCAAAAUUUUGACUCUCACAAAGGAAAAUCAAUCUCUGAAGAAUGAGGUUUUAUCCCUUGAGAAACAGCUCGAGUCUGCUCACAAGAAUAUGGACAGAGCUUUACUAAACUCAGAGAAAAACAGAACACUGGAUGCUCAUAAGUUGGAAAUUGCUACACUGAAGGAUGAAGUGACACGCGUCAAGUCACUGUUAGAGCAGAGUGAGCGCCACCUACAGGAGGAGGACUCUCACACCAAAGAACUUAGUCAGCAAGUCAUCAAACUGACAGAGAUGAAAAACUUAUUACAGCAACAAAUAGAGAUGGGAGGGGGUGGAGCUACAGCCACUGACAAACAGAUCAAAUCACUGGAGAAAAGACUGAGGGUUACAGAGGAAAGGCUGCACCAUGAGCGUUCUGACCGUGCUAAUAAUUUGUCUCAGGUGGAGGACAAACUUCUCACAGAGAAUGCACGUUUACAGGCCACAGAGAAAGACUUAAAUAGGCAGCUCCACAGAGAGAAAGACAAGAACCGCAAUCUGGAGAAUAAGAUCAAGGAUACUCGGGAGGAUAACGAGCGGCUACGUCUCUCCCUUCCUUUUGAUGAGGCAGCGUUAACAACACAGAAGGGUUACGACAUUCCAUAUGGUGUGCAUGCAUCACAACGCCAGGAAACUGUAAAGAAGGACUACCGACAAAUCUUGUCACAACUUGAGGCGGAAUCAGGACUAAAGCCUGGACAGGAAAAGGACAUGAUCUGCCAACUGUGGAACACGCGUCAGCAGACGUAUCACCAGCUUAGACAGCUGGAGAUCACCCUUCAGGCUCUUAACCUCCGGGAUAACAACAUAGCCGAGGGGCUCAAGAAUUUAAGAGAAGUUAAAAGCCACGCAGAUGCACAGCUCAAGCAACUACAGGAACAACUGGAGGAUGCCAAGUCGGAGAGGGAAAUUAAGGAAACAACAUAUAAGGAACAACUGUCAUUGCUGGUAAAUGAACGCCAUGAUGCCUUUGCUCGCCUGAAGACUUGUGAAGAUUUGAUGGAGGCUGUUCGCAGUGAGAAUGAGAUCCUGAAGUCCAGUCUGGCUGGAGGUGGUGCUACCAGUCUCGGUGCUUCCCUUACUCUGGCCACCAAUGGACGUAUUGAGGCACUACAAGCUCAGGUUAAGGACCUUGAAGGCCAGAUCCAACAGAUGACAAGAACAACACGCUUGUUAGAAGGCGAGCUGUCUACAUUACGAAUACAACUGGAGGCAAGAGACAAAGCUCUGGAGGAUGCUCAAAGUGAGCUGGAUAUCGCACACUCUCACCUCACAGGUGAUGGCGGCGAGGACCGCAAACAGGAGAAAAUAGACAAACUCACAUCACAGAUAAAUGAUCAUCAGUCUGAAAUCAAGCUGCUUCGUGACAAGGUUACUUCCCUAAACACAGAAAAGAGCAGGGUAGAAAGAGAUCUAGAGGCGUCCCUGAGAGAAGCCAACAUGGCCAAAGCCAAGGUCAAGGAAACCAAACAUGGAGAAAUGACUGACAAUAAGCAGCUACAUAUAUUACGAGAGGAGCUGGAAGAGAGAGACCGGCGACUUGGCAAACUUACUCAGGAGUAUGAUAGCCUGGAGACAGAGCUACAGACAGCACGUCAGGAUCUUUAUGCUGAGCAGAUACAGUCCCAGGACUAUGAGGCACAGAUUGAGAGUUACCAGGGUCAGAUAGAGCAGCGAGGUCUGAUACUAGACACCCUGAGUGGGACAGAGAAAGAACAGCUGGCUCAGUUCCAGAUUCUGAAGGAGACACUUGACUCGGUCAGUCAGGAGCUCAACCAGAAAUGUGCCGAGAUGAAGGUGUUAAAUCUGGAGAUGAGCAAGGAGAAGGAUAGAUAUGAGUAUAUGGAGAAAGAAUUAACAACACUGAAGAGGGAGAGGCCACUGAAGGGAGAUGAUGAGACCGUGGAGACAAGUCUUCCAAGUCACUUGCUUCAGAUCCGGGAACUGGAGACAGAACGAGAUCACCUGAAAACAGAACUCAUUGAAAUGACUGAGGCACUAAAACAGGCAACAGAAGAAAAUGGAAAUCUGGACAAGGCUAUGAAACAGAUGGAGCAGGCACUAAUGGACGAAAAAUCGGCUCAUCUUCAGACCAGUGCUGAGAGAGGAGAGCUCGAACAACACUUAGAGGAGAUUGCAGAGGAGCAUGAUGCUCUGUCCCAGGAAAGAGACCAGAGUGAGGAAGAUAUCGUCAGACUUGAGACCAAUCUCAAGGAUGUUAUACACAAGUUUGAAAUAGAAACCCGCAAAACUCAUGAAAACUUUGCCUCCAAAUAUCCACAAGUACCUGCUGAGGCUUUGAAGAUGGCCGGAGAACUGGACAGCCUGAGGACUCUGAUGGAGGCAAAACACAAGGAACAUGAAAUGCUGAAUGAUAAAAUCAAUCGGCAGCAAGUGGAGAUGGACUUCCUAAACAGGAGAGUGGAACUAAUACAUAAUGAGAACCAGUGUAACAGGGAUGAUAUUGCUCGCCUCACUUCUGAAGUCUCCGCCAAGAUAAAGGAGGGCGUGGCUAAUAGGGAAAUGAACCAGUUCCUAGUGAAGGAGAGGGCAAGGCUACAAAAGGAGAAUACCCAGCUGAAUGCAUCUGCGGAAAAGGAGAAAGGCAUCAAGGAGCGUCGACGAGCAGAGAUAGCAGACGUUAUGAGGAAGGUGGAGAGGACAGAAGAGUCAACUAAAAGCACAUCCCGAGAGGUGUUACAGAAAGAUGCCAUCAUUGCCGGUCUGGAAGCCGAGCUUGGCCAGACCAAACAGACUUGUCAGACUCUAGAGGUUGACCGGUCCCAUCUACAAGGCAAGGUGGAAAACUUACAGCAGGAUGUGGAGAACAAAGUGGUCCUCACCUCAACACUGGAGACCCACCUGGAAACAGAAAGGGGGCGGCUGGAAGAAGAAAAGUCAAAUGCAGCCAAAAAACAAGAUGAGCUUAUGUCUACAUGUCAUGAGCUUGAACGACUCAAACAUGAACAUGGAUUGUUGUUGAACAACCUUAAUGAUGAGAAACAAACUGUGGAAAAUUUGAAAGAGUCCCUAGAUGUACAGCAGCAGUCAUGUACCAAGUUACAGGAACAGGUGAAUGUAUUGACCAAAGAGUUGGAGACCACCCAGAUUCAACUGACCACCAGUAGGGAAACUGUUGAAGGUCUAAAACAAGACAAGGGUGCCAUUUACCAGGAAUAUGAUUCAAUGAUCCGGCGACUUAGUGAGAGGGACCAAACAAUUGCUGAACUACAAAGUAAAUGUGACCGAACUGAGCAGCAAAUGCAGAAGGAGCUGACUCUUCAGAAACACAGUUUGGAGCGGGAGAACACAUCGACAGAGCGCGACCUCGACGUCACCAGAGAGGAGAAUUCUGUCCUCAAGGAAGAGCUCAAACAGAAGGAAGCACAGCUGAGCAGUUUUGGACGUACACUGAAAGAGCUUGAGGAUGCUAACAAGGAGAAAGUGGAGCUGGAGGGUAAGAUGAGGCACAUGGAGAGUACAGUCGGUGACACGGAUCUGUUGACACAAAGUCUCCGCAAGGAAACCAUGACACUACAGGAAACAAUUGCCAGACAGCAGGAAAGUCUGUCCACUCUCCAGCUGGACCACUCAGCUCUACGGGAUAAGAUGAGGAUACAGGAGGAGAAGCUGACUGACCAGAUCCUUGUCCUGGAGAAGACUAACAACGACUUACGAAACCAGUAUGAUGGGGAGAAAUCCUACCUAAAAGACAGCCUGAUGCAGGCUCAGACUAGAGUGGCAUCUGUGGAGUCAAGUCUGGCGUCCGCCAUUGAUAGUCGUGACAAACUUCAGAUCAACAGUAGGAUGCAGGAGAGAUCACUUGAGGAGACUAAAGAGCGCCUUCAGGAGGAGAUGACGAGUCGCAAAAUUGCAGAACAAAGGGCAGAGUCGGUACAAUCCCAGUUACACGAGCUACGGAAAGAUAAGUUUUUAUCUGAAGAAAAAUUGAACCAAAUGGCCACAACUUUGACAAAAACGGAACAGAUGGUGAAAACAGAGAAGGAUCGCGCCAAACGUCUGUCAGACCAGCAACAGGAACUGGAAGCCACUGUUUAUACACAGGAGUCAUCAACAAAGGCCAAACAGGAUCAGUUAGAACUUCAACAGGAGUUUGAGAUUGAUGAGGAGAUCCUACUGGAGCCUCUCCCAAUGAAUGAAAUUGGUAAACUCCGACAGAUACUGGAGAGUCAAAAGCAACAACUAAACGCCAAACUUAAGAAAACUACAACAGAACUAAAACAACAGCUUGAGAUUAUAGAGGAGGACCGUGUCAGAGUUAUCCAGCAGAAUCAGUUGUUGUCAGCUGAUGUAGAGAGGGCCAGAGACCAACUUGCCAUGAAAAACAAGGAAAACCUUCAGCUACAGGAGACAAUCCUUAGUCAGGAGGAUCAGGUCAGGGAAUACACACUCAAAAUUCGCCGUGCAGAUGAUGCUCGCAAAGCUGAGGAGGAGCUGCAAUCAAAGCUCUCUUCCAAGUUUGCUGCCCAGGAGGAAGAGCUAAAGAGAAUGAAGAUAUACUUAUCCAAGAAAGCAGAAGAGGCAGGAGACAAUGAGAAAUCAAUGUGGAUGGACCUGAACCGUUUGAUACAGGACAUGAACCGCCAGCUCCAUGAACACAUGGAGUCCCAGAAAUCUGGUGGACUGGACUCCAAGGACAGGGAUGGGAAGCAGUUGAGUAAAUACAAAAAACGUGUUAUAGAUCUCGAGUCAGAGCUGAGUACAGAAAAAGCUGUUCACCAGAUAACAAAGUCUUCACUUCAGGCACUUGAGGAAGACAAUCAGAGAUUGAGACAUCAGUACCACGCCAUGCGGCGCAGAGACAAUGUAACCUCUGACAAGAAGUACAAAUCACGGAUGGAAGCAAUCAAUGAAAUCAUCGCUAAGUCACAGACACAGGCACAGGCAAUGUUAGCUGCCAGUGGAUACUAUGAUGACCCUCAGAAGAGUCUGUACUCACCAAGGACAGACUACAGAGGUUCUCCCGACAAUUCUCUGGCCAGUGACCUGUCCUUCAAUAGCACUGGGCCAAUGGUGAUCCCUCCUUACACAGGCUCCUCCCCUACCAAGCCCACGAUAGGGACAGGGUCACCACGGAAAUAGAAACUGGCUAUAACAAUAAUAUAACUAGAGAACAUGGACUUAAUAACUUAAUGUUCCAUGUAGGACAUAGUGUGUCGUCACUUCUCAAAUUAUAACUCUAAGGCGUCAUUUUACAUGUGUUUUGGUUUCAAAGGAGAAGUCUUCUCUCCUUUUGAAGAAAACUAAGAAAGAGAUUUAACGUUAAUGAAAUGUGAAAUAUAAAUACUUGUUAGGACGUAACAGUAUACUGAGCUACUGUCUCGCCCAAUGAAUUAUGCAACAAUUCAAUGUGAUGCAAAUUUCCUUAGAGAAAUGAUAAUUACAUUUGAUGAAUGAAAUAUGCCAAAUAUCAUACAUCAUACAUGUAUUUCAUACAGCGAUUCGAUAUCUGUACAGUCAAAAAGUAUUUUCAUACCUCAGGUAUGCUUGGUAUUUAAUAUGCAUGAAUGAAUUUUUGAUCAUGUAAAAAGGAGAUGCUUGCUGUAUGCAUGAAUCAUUCGUCAGCUGUCGGACAUUUGAUUAAUAAUCAAAUACAAUCUGAAAUAUAUUGAUUCUAGAAUUACCUUAUCAACACAAAUGUUGCUCACUGCUUUCUUCACCACAUGAAAAAAUAGUAUUCACGGACAGUUUACUUAUUAUUGUUUUGAAAAACAAUUGUGUGAAAUGAUGUGGUGUAUCAGUGAUAUAUCCUCUCCUGCCUGCAUUUGGUGUGAAAAGAGCCAGUGUAUAAAUAGAAUAGGAUAUAUGGAAAUCUUUCAUUAAAUAUUACUUUCAUCUUUUGUGUACAUCUGUUUGAAGAUUCAACUAAUUACUCGGUGAUGUCAUUUUUUUAUAUAACUUUAUCAUUCAUAUACAUUUUUGCUCCUCUGACAUUGUGCAUUAUAGCACUGUUAGAGCUCAUGAAACAUAUGUUCAUGAAAGUUUUAUAAUAUACAUUUUAAUACAUAAUGUACACAAGAGAUAUUAAAAGGAAAUAUACAUUUUCAUUUACAUUUUACAAAUUUCAUAGCUUACAUUCCAGUUUCGUUGCUUGUGUCAUUGUCCGAUAUAUGUCAAACAUUCCAUUACCCAUCCAAAUAUAUUUAACAUUAUUAAAAGUCAAUUCUACAACUAAAUUUUACUGUAAUCAUUUAACAAAAAUUAUUUCUUUUAUUAUUUUAACUUAUUUUUUAGUAUAAGUAAUUAAGUUGUGGUAUCAGACAAGCACUUUGAGAAAGGAAGUUGGGUAGGUCCUUUUUCUCGGUGUAUUUCCGUCCAUAUUGUGAUACAAAAUGUGAUAGCAUUGUUACUGUAGGUAACAGAUUUCUGUUUAUAUAUACAUUUUAUUUACAAUUUAUAUUCAUUUUAAUAUUAAAUUAUAAUAAUUAUUUAUAUAUUUAAAUUAUUAAUUUAAAAGAUAAAAUAUGUAGUUGAUCAUGUUCCAUCCGUUUAUCCUGAACACUUACAAACAGUAAUUGUCCUGAGUUGGCCUUGAAACUAUAACUGCAUUCAUACUAAAGGCUCAGUAUUCAGUAAAACAUUUAUCCAAGGCUUUUACAGGGAUUUUCUUCAUCUUAUUUCUUAAACUGUUUCACUGUUUUAUUUCAUGACAUAGUGUUAGAAUUUUAAUUUGUGUUAAAAUGAGUUAAUUACUGUUGUGAUUUCUACAGAUGGAUUGAACAAUCAAUUUCGAUUUUAUAGGUGUGGUAAUAUACUUAGUUAAUAUAAGAGUUUAGUUAAAUCUGUCAAGUUGAAUAUCCUAUGGAUCAGAUCAGAUGUCUCAUAAGUUGAAAGCCAGUAUCUGCACUCAGAGUAUUUCUCAGGUGUAAUUUAGAUCAUUUAUUUAAGUGUGCAACACAGGUUUAUAUUUUACCUAUGUUCAUAAUGUACUUGAUAAUGCAUGUAUUCAUUAACAUGUAUUUACUUUUUGUUCUUGUUUAAAGUUGUUGGAAAAAUUUGGGGCAAUACUAUCCUAUUGAGAUUGUUGUUUGUCUUGAAAAGGACAAGAUUUUUUUCACUGAGGCAGUCUUUUCUACAUCCUGAUAAAUGAGAUUGUAGCUUUUGGUAAUAAACAUCAGCUGGUCACUUAGUGGAUAACUGGUCAAAAUCACUUAGUGGAUAACUGGUCAAAAUCACUUAGUGGAUAAUUGGUCAAAACAGCAAUACACUGUUACUUUUGGAAAAACACUUUUAGGUAAAUAGAAAUACUUCAUAAGCCAAUUUAACAUUGUUUUGUAUGUAGCACAAUUAGGUAUAAAAAAACAAACACAACUGCAAAUUUGCAAUAUUGCAUGUGUUCAUACUGAUGUUUUUAUUGAUUCCAGGUGUAAAGUUAAUGUCUUUUUUUCAUGUACCAUAAUAAUAACUGGUUUUGUGUUUAUCCCAGCUAAUCAUUGUCAAAUCCGUCCACUGUCAUAUAGGGUAUUGGUGCAAAACACAGUCUACUCAGUAUUUUAAGUUGUCUCGUUAAAAAAAAAAUGUUUUGUGUUCAUACCUUUUAUAUUUUAUUUAACACUAUCAGGUUGGUUCAGACAGUCACAGUGACUUCUGUUGUACAAGGAAAAAUCAUCAAAUUGAUUCAUCAUCAUAUUGAAAAACACAAACAAAUGCGUAAUGCAAAAUUGUGUACAGUAUGUUGUUAUUAACCAGUCUGCUUUCAUAUUAAUACUGUAUGUAUGUCGGAAUCACGCCUGUAGCUGCUCUUUAUUGGAAUUAGGUGUUUGGUUAUAGAUUUAAGUCGAAAUUAUUUUGGUAUAAUUACUUUGUUAUUUUUCUGAUAUUCUAAAUAUAAACUUGCCAGAAACACUCGUCUUCCAGUACAUUUGUUUCAAAAUCAAAAGGUUUCAUAUUUCAAAAAAGAUAGAAUGCAUUAUUUUCCUUUAGGGAAUGUAUAUAAAUAAACCAUAUUUGUGUUGUUUUCUUACUAUUAAUCCUCUACAUGACAUUUAAAUGUCGUUGCACAACAUGAAGAUUUAAAGGCAAAACAUGCAAACUCAAUGUUAGAGGUUGUUCCAAUCUCGCCACAAAGAUUACCCAUUCUGAGUACAUUUACAUCAAACUAAGCUCACUAAUCCUGAUUCUGUUGUCUACACAGUUAAUAUUUUUACACUGCUAUGUUAAUUAUAUAAUAUAUAUACAAUAAAGUAUACAUGGUAACUGGA